UAUUGGCCCCUUUUGUUUCAUAUUAGGUAAUCUAGUACCUUUUAGGUUACAUAUUAUUACAUAUUACGUAGCAUUAGUGGCUGAGUGCCCAUAACUGCCACUUCCCAGACUCCACCGUCUUUACCUAAAUCAAUUACCUCCACCUCGUUUUGUUCCGCCUCCUCAAAUUCGCCCCUAGUUCAAAUGUUCCUUGUGGGCUGGCUGCCCGUGUUAUCAUCAUCAUCCAAGUUCAAUCCUCUCACACCCUAUCAAAAAGUUUUAAUAAAAAAUUUUAAACACGUCUUUUUUAAAGCCAAUCCGACGGUCAAUGUUCACUACAUUCGUUGGAACGGCGGCUGGUGCUACCGAAUCAAGCGCUCCGCUAACUCCGGAACCUCAACCCCCCAAACCUCGACAGAAGCGGAGUCAAGUAGCUCGGGCAUGUGAUUGGUGCCGUGUACAUCGCAUUAAAUGUGAUAAUCAUCUUCCGUGUUCAAAUUGCCGGAAGAGAAAUGGCCAGUGUAGCCAAGGGGAGAUACCCGUCCGUACACUUCCUCAUGCCUAUCGAAAGAUUGAGCGUCUAGAAAACCGCGUGAGAGAGUUAGAGCGAGAGCUUGAGAAUGAACGUAAGGCUACAAAGUCUGUCGCCGGGCUUAAUACGCCUGAGACGCCCUCAAGUCUUGAUUCAUCAUCUGGACCUUCUAGCUCCGAGGGAGCCGAAGCUUUUGAUUCUUUAGGGGAACAUGGAAAUAGUCUAGAGGGAAAGAAGCCAAGGGAAGGAGUCCAUAUUCCCACUACCCGCUCCCAGCAGGGAACGUGGUACGGUGCUUCGUCGCUAUUUUACUUUAUUAGGCGUAUGAAUACUUUCUUAAAUACUUCUCUUCAACAGACCCGGCCCAUCGACCGCAUGCUACCAGACCCGGUGAAGUUCGACGGGACAAGCCAGACUUCGACGAAGGGCCAAGGCACUCAUUCAGCUACUACGACACCAGGAGAUCCCGCCAUCACAGGAAGCUAUUUGACCCCGACACAGGAAGAGUAUUUCAUAAGUCUCUUCUGGAAUUCCCUCCACACCUCACUUCUCGUUCUAGACGAGGGAACAUUCAAGGAACAUUACCAAUCCCUAUGGACGACAUCAGGCAGAGAACGAAAGCCGUCGGCGCUUGUCGACAUAGUCAUCGCCUUAUGCAUGCACUAUAACGCGGCACUCCAGCCAGGCCUCGAGGAUGACAUCAACGAUAUUAUCGCUGGCAGCCGGUGGUAUUAUCAGCGCUGCCAGAGAUUGCUGACUAACGACCUAGAAAACCCUACCAUAUUAACACUCCAGUGCCACCUAUUGUCAUCUGUUUACCUCUGCUCGGCGUCUUUCCCCAAUAUGUCGGAUAGUACCUGCACGCUGGCCGUGCGGACAGCCUACAUGCUCGGCCUCCACCUAGAACCUCCCGAAGAUAUGCCAAAGCGGGAGCGAGAGAUGCGGAAGCGUUUGUUGUGGACCCUCUACGUAUUCGAUAGCAAGAUUAGCAUGAAAUUGGGCCGUCCAUUCCAACUAGACCACUCCGAUACCACCUGUAGCCUCCCAGGCGACGAUCGGGAAUGUGCAACACUGUCGGGUUCCGUGUUUGCUCCGCUCGGAGAGGACGCUACAUGGCUAACCUUCAAUCUCGAGAACGUGAAACUAUUCCGGAUAAUUCGAGUAACCUAUACGGCCUUCUAUAAGAAACAAGUCGGCACAACCAGCGUUUUCGAUGACCAGGCUGCGCGAAAUAAUCCAAAGAUUAUCGAGUCUCAUGCGGAGUUUCUGGGACCUUACAUAGACCGCAUAGAGGACUGGGUGAAGGCCGUUCCCGAUGCUCUUAAGACUAAACGCUUGAAUGAUGGUGUUCCCUUUUCCAUCGACUUCACCCCUCUCGAAAUCGAACAAUUCGCAUCGCUCUGGCUCCAGCGGCAGCGCCUUUUAUUAGAACUCAUGUAUCAUAACCUAUGCAUAAACCUAUUCCGCCCCUUUAUCCGGUUUGCUCCAACGGCUGGGCCUACUCCUACAGCCGACAAAAUCGCUGCAGAUUGCGCCCGCCAUGCCAUAGCACUAACGCGCAUCUUGCACCAAGUACUCUCAACCACCUCUAUCCUUACCGGUUGGCACGAGGCAUCUCAGUGGCAGUGGAACGCGGCCAUGUCACUCAUCGGCUACGUGAUAGCCUACCCGCAAAGCUCGACAACCCCAGAGGCGAGAAGUGCUGUCGAUCUUGCCAUAGCUGUCUUUGAUAUCUGGAAAAGAAGCAUCAAAACUGCAGCUAGUGCAGCUGCUAUUACGCGCGAUGUCAUUGCGCAGGCCGACAUACUUAUCAAACAGACACAACAAGAGAACCAUGAAUCAGUGCCGAGCGUAGACGAGACUCCUGUAAGUUCUAGCAGUUGGGAGGCUGCAAACGACGAAGCACUCGCUCAUAAUAACCCUACCGAAGCUCUGGCUGCAGUCGGAGAUUGGGGUUAUAACGACGGGGCCGGUUUGCCUAUGCAGGGCAUGUUAGCCGGGUCUAUCGAUAUGGCGUUCACUUUCGACAAUCAAGAUUUCGGGGAUUUUGGGACGAUAUCUUGGCCGGCAAUGAAUAGCGACCCUGGAGCCCAAUGGAUAUACGGAUAACAAGUAUCUCGGACAACAAAUUUCCCCUCCUUAUUUUGGUUAUAUGAAGAUGCAAGGUGCUUCAGGCGUAUGGAUAUGAUAUCAUUUAAAACCAUGUAUUUUUUGUUUUAAACAUCAAGUAUCUACCUCCUAGGUUAGGGUACCUACCUAUGUAUAGUCCAAUCCUUGAUAUUGGUGAGGUGUUGUCGGGAAUGGUCAACUAAAGCAGUCGUGUAAUCAUGUAAUAGAGCAUCAAUUAUAUGGCGCUUAUCUCAUGUGCAUACAUAUAUACCUCCUACCUAAACCAGUCCUAUAUCUACCUAUUUACCCAAUAUAGGUACAUACACUAAGUUUGUCAAUAUAACUGUUUGUUCAGUGCCGGAAUGAAUUGAUUAAUCGUCCAUCCAACUUAAGACAAAGAUGAUCGGCGGUCGAUGAUGGAUUGAUGAGAAUAUGAAAUAAUUCUUCAGAUAUUAGAUAUAGGAGAAGGCAGUUGUGAACUACAUAUAAAUGAAGUGCGCUGAUGUAUGUGGAUUAGUUAAUCGCCCAAGCCAAGCCCCUGAAUCCAAAGUCGACCCGAGAUAGUGGUUGGACGGCAGUUAAAUAUGAAUGACAUCAGGUUGCUUUUAGAAUGCCGAAG